GCGGCGGCGGUGGCCGGGGUGGGGGGGGCAGAGUCAGGGUAGGCCGCGGUGGGUCCUACGCAUCGGAACCGAGCCGGAGCCGCCUCCGCGGAGCUGGGUCGGGUUCCGCGAGAUUGAGCUGAGCUGAGGAGCGGAGGGAAACGUCGGUAUAAGCGGCGGGGCGAGCGCGGGGGCCGCUCACCGACCCCCGCCGCGCUCCAGGGAGCCGGGAGCGGCGGGCGGCCGUCGGGGAUGUCCUACAAGCCAAUCGCUCCCGCUCCCGUUACCCCCGGAGCCGCUAGCGCCAGCCCCGCCCCGUCGGGGCCCGGGGCACCGCCCGCCGCCACGAGUGUCCCGUCGCCCUCCGGCUCCGUCCCCGGCGCCGCAGCCCCUUUCCGGCCUCUCUUCAAUGACUUCGGGCCGCCGUCCAUGGGCUACGUGCAGGCGAUGAAGCCCCCCGGGGCUCAGGGUUCGCAGAGCACCUACACGGACCUGCUUUCCGUCAUCGAGGAGAUGGGGAAGGAGAUCCGGCCCACCUACGCCGGCAGCAAGAGUGCCAUGGAGCGGCUGAAACGGGGCAUCAUCCACGCCCGGGCGCUGGUCAGGGAGUGCCUGGCGGAGACAGAGCGAAACGCCCGCACGUAACAGCUGCUGUCACCCGGGACCCCCGCCCCGCCCCGGGACCACCCCCCACGGUGUCCCUGCCCCGCUGGCGGCGGGGAGGGGGAGGCCACCGUGCUGCCCGCACUCUCCGCUCUUUAUAAAAUGCGUGUUUUUAUAAAUAAAAGGACAUGGUUGGGA